AUGGGUCGAGAGUCCACGCCGCUGCUCGAGCACAAGAGUCUCGCCGAGACGUGCCCCGAGGACAGCGAUGGGUGGCGCGCCGCCGUCUUCUUCACGUGGCUCAAUCCGAUCAUGGAGCUCGGAAGCUCGCGGCCUCUACAAGCCGACGAUCUCUACGGACUCGAUCGCUGCAACCGUGCGACCAAUGUUGCCGUCGCCUUUGAGAAGCAGUGGGCGGCUCAGCGGCAGCGUCCACGCCCCAGCAUCCUGCGUGCGCUCUUCGGAGCGUUCGGCACCAAGUUCCUCUGGGCCGGUCUCCUCCGCUUGGUGCGCGACUCGCUGCAGUUUGUCGCUCCGUUCGUCAUCAAGCGCAUGAUCGCCUUCCUCCGCGACGACGACGCUUCCAUCGCGACGGGCUGGGAGCUCGUCGCUCUCAUCUUUGUCUCGGGUCUCAUCCAGUCGUUCUGCUUCCGCCAGUACGUGUACUACUGCAAGGAAACCGGCCUUCAGAUCCGCAGCGCGAUCGUCACGUCCAUUUACGCCAAGUCGCUCCAGCUCUCGACCCAAGCACUGCAGGAAACCUCGACCGGCCAGAUCUCCAACUUGAUGUCGAUCGACGCCGCUCGGCUCCAACGACUGACGCUGGACCUCCACACGAUCUGGGUCGUCCCAUACCUCCUCGUCGUUGCCUGUACCCUUCUCUACAACGAGCUUGGCGUCGCGUUCCUGGCGGGUCUUGCUGUCAUCCUCCUCGUCAUUCCGAUCACGACGCUCCUCUCCAAGAUCAUGCGGCGCCUCCAGUCGUCGCUGCUUUCCGUCAAAGACACGCGCGGCAAGCUCUGCUACGAAGUGCUCGCCGGCAUCAAGGUGCUCAAGCUCCAGGCGUGGGAGCUCAGCUUUGCGGACCGCAUCCUCUC